AUGGAUGAAGCAACCGAGCUUGUAGGUGAACUCUCCAAAAAGCUUACCGAGCUUGAUCAUAAGGUUGAUCUAUAUCGAAACGAUAUGAAUAAGGAAUACAUCAAGUAUGAAGAAGAUUCAUUAAGAAAUGUUUCUCGGGAUGUUUCCAAGGAAGUUUCAAUGAUGAUUGCCGAAUCAAAACAGAAUUACAAGGCUCUUUAUCCAUUCGCCUCUAAAGGCAACAAUAACAACAACAACAACAACAACAACAACCAUAGUCCCAACAACACGAUCACAAGCACACAUGCAGUUGCAGAUGCGAAUAUCAAUACGAAUACCAAUGCAAAUGUAAUUACAAACGGAGUUCCCAAGGCAAUGGAGUCACAAUUAGGUACCGGUACCUCGGCGCCGGCAAUUCCUAAUCAUACGAGAGAAGAAGAAAAUGAUCGUCCGAGAAGUCCACAUGCGCGAGAGAAGGAAUUUACUGGAGUUUUUACACCAAGUUAUCUGCCAUUGUUAGAUUCAAACAGUCGAUACGAGCGGAAGUCGAAUUCGAAUAUUGAAGUUAACAAUAUGCCAAAAGAUACAAAAAUGGAUACGUUGUCGCAUGUGGAUGCAAGUACAGACACUAGAUCGUUGAAUCCCUCUCCAGAUCCACGAAAUCCCUCAACACCCAAACGAAAAAACACUGAUGAGUUAUCAAUUGCAUCCAACAGUAGUAGCGAUGGACCUCGUCGUCGAAGCGCCCUGCGAAGAACAUCUAGCAACUCUAAAAAUACAAGUCCUCGAAGAGUUCGUUUUGAUGUGGAGGGAGAAGAGGUUUUACCAACGGCAUCGCCCAAAGAGUUGGAGCCAACCCUUCCACCUUCAUUUUCAGAUGACUCGGAUGAUGAGGCUGGUUCCGAGAUGGUCGAAGAUAUUGAUGCGCCGCCGCCGCCGCCAAGAAGAAUAUCUUCCUCGCAAGCAUUACGAGCUUUAUCGAGGGGACCUCCGGAGGAUGACGGAACACGAUGGACCACCGUAGUUGCCCCGCCAGAUGGAUCGGCUUCAGUUGAUACUUUGACAAACGAUGAUCCUACGAGUAAUUACUUCGAUUCUAAGCCGAAUCCCGCCACAUCUCGAGAUGAAGAUAUCCCUUUAAUUUACACACCAACAAAAAUACCCCAAAUCGAACCACAAGCUCACGUAGAGCAUGUAGAGGCUCUAUUGGAGGAUGAUGCAGAUGCUCCAUCGGAAGAUGACAUGUUGGAUAUGCCGCCUUUACGACAGAUGAGAAGUCAGAAUAAACAACCUGCGAGUAUAUUAUCUCCGAGAAAGGAUGAGAAUCCAGAGCCAGCAGUUUCUCCCUUGAAGAUGAAAUCACCAAGCAAACCAUUUUCAUUCGAGACAUUGGAAUCUAGCAGAGAGGGUAAUGAGGAGUUGACCGACUUGACAUUUCAGGACGAUGAGCACGAAGAUUUGUUUUCUUUCGACGAGAACCCAAAUCGUGGAAGCCGCCCUCGAGACGAAGAAGAUGAUUCGGACAUAGAAGCCUCUAUUUCGCCCAGUGUUGAAGAAAGUCUUGACAAUCUCGAGCUUUCCAAAUCUCCUGCUCGUCCGAUACCUAAUAGUUUCAGUACUAAGAAAGCAACAAUAGCUCCAGCCCCUGCACAUGGAAUUGUUGGUUCUUAUAAAGGUCGCCCAUUUAGUAUGCCGGUUGUCAACGAUGAAGUGCAUGCUAGUGCCGCCUCAAUGGGAGUCAUGAAUUCAUUUGUUGGAAGUGUCAAUGGUCGAAGUGGACUCGACGCAAGUGAUGUUUUAAGUUACCGAGCAAGUGGAGGAGGAGUGGGUAGUUUUUCAGGAACACCCAAGAGCAUGAGUGAAAGGAUGAUGAUGGAAGAUUUGAUGGAGACCGAGGGAGAAAAUCAAAGGAAUUGA